GGAGGGCGGCAGAGGCCGGGCCGGGCCGCCGCUCCGCCCGCCCGCCCGGUGCCCACGGGCACAUCAUGAAGGCGGCGCGGCUCCUCCUCCACCACCACCCCCCGCUGGGGCCGCUCGCCUCGCGGUGGCGCUGGGUAGCCCCCGAGCGGGUCGGGAAAGGGCCGCUCCCGCCGCAGCCCACGGGAUACGGGCCGCCGCCGCCGGGCUGGAGGCCGUUCAGCGGCUCACAGGCCUCCUGCAAGUUGCCCGGUGGGCACCCGAGAGGGAGUGAUGCGGGCAGCUGUGCUGGAGCUGUCAGGGAGGAGGAGGAGGAGGAUGACGACGACGAAGGCGUGGAGUUCGGGACGCUGUCUAAUAAAUUCUCUUCUAGAAAAUAUUAUCACAAAACCACAUCGCGCUUUCAGAAUUUAAAGCUUCAAGAAGAGGGAGAGGAGGAAGAACCGGAGAGGAAACCUCGACGCGGCCCUAAGAACACCCCGUAUUGGUACUUCUUAAAAUGCAAGGCCCUCAUCAAAGAGGACAAGCUGGCGGAGGCUCUGGAGCUGUUUGAGGUGCAGAUGCUGAAGGAAGAGCGUGUGCAGCCAGAAGAAAGCAAUUACACCGUUCUAAUUGGUGGCUGUGGCAGGGUUGGCUACGUGAAAAAGGCAUUCAGGCUCUACAAUGAUAUGAAAAAACGAGGCCUGACCCCCACCGAGGCCACGUACACAGCCCUGUUCAAUGCCUGUGCUGAGUCGCCCUGGAAGGACUCGGGCCUGCAGAGCGCUCUGAAGCUACGGCAGCAGCUGAAGAGCAAAAAUGAAGAGCUGAACCUGCUCACGUACCACGCGCUGCUGAAAGUCUGUGCCCUCUGCUCAGAUCUCAGGAUGUGCUUUGAUGUACUGAAGGAAAUAGUGCACAAGGGCCAUGUUCUCACAGCUGAGACCUUCAGCUUCCUUCUCAUGAGCUGCAUAAAGGACAGGGAGAACGGCUUCCGAUACGCCUUACAGGUUUGGAAACAAAUGACUAAACUCGGAAUAAAGGCCGACAGCCACACGUACAAUCUGAUGCUGCGUGCAGCCAGGGACUGUGGGAUAGGUGAUCCAGCCGUGGCUUCUGAGCUCCUGCUCGCACCCAGCCAUGAGAGCUCACCUCAGCUAAGGCUUGCUCCAGGGAGGCAGAAGGAAAAGGUGAGAAAUCAGAAGAAGAAGAAGGAAUCGGAGAGCGCAGCUGCUGUCCAGCUGGAUGUGGAAGCUAUGGAAAAGCAAUUAUUUCAGGAGAGUUCGGUGAAGCCUGAAGAACUGAUCCAGCAACCAAAUAAAGAUGUGACUGGAGCUGAAACAGAACCAGCUGCUCUCGACAGCCCCAGCGUAGCUCACAGCAGGACUGGAGCGUUGGUGAGGAGAAGCCAGACCAAGAUGGAGCAGGAAGGAGCACUCCUAAGCCAGAAGCAGCAUUUCUGCAACCUGCCCAACUUGCUGGAUUCCAGGAUGCCUGACGCAGCCGUGGUUUCCUUGGGGACAGUGGCCACACCAUCCGAUCGACUGGCUUUGAUGGGGGAUGUGGAGGGCUUCUUGAGUAAAAUGAAAGAGGACAAUGCAGAACCCAACAUUAAAACGUUUACGUUACUGGCUGAGCUGGUGGAACCCCAAAGCCCCUCAGAGUCCUCUUUGCUGGCACUCCUAGACGAGCAUAAAGUGAAACUAGAUGUCACCUUCUUUAACACUUUAAUAAAGAAGAAAAGUAAACGGGGAGACCUGGAAGGAGCAAAGAGCGUGCUGCCAGCUCUAGUGAAGAGGGGACUGUCACCCAACCUCCAGACCUUUUGUAGCCUGGCAAUGGCUUGCCACCGAGAGAAGGAUGGACUGCAGCUACUCUCAGAUUUGAAGAGGUCUGGAGUAACUCCCAACAAGUACAUCUACAGCACCCUCAUUGCUGCUGCCGUGAGGCAGCUGGAUUACAGUUACCUCACGGAGAUCCUGCGAGACAUGAGGAACACCCAGGUGCCUCCCAAUGAAGUUAUCAUACGCCAGCUGGAGUUCGCUGCACAGUACCCUCCCAAAUUUGACAGGUAUAAGUCAAAGAACCCAUACCUGGAGAAAAUUGACGGUUUCCGUGGCUACUACUAUCGGUGGUUAAAAGUGAUGGCAGGAGAGGAGACCCCUCACCCCUGGGAAAAAUACAGAACAGUGAAACGUGCGGCGGUGGAUGACAACAAGGAAGAGGCUGAGCAGGAGCAGCCAGGGCAGAAGUAGCAGUGAGCAGGAUGCUUAAGUCCUGCAUCUUUCUUGUGCUGGAAGAACAUGGAACUUGCUCCCUUCAACUGUUUUGUAGUAAAGCUGCUUGAUAUUUUUUUUUUCUAGUUGAUGACGUAAUAAAAUAAUUGUCCUUUGUUUAAAGGAGAAGCAAAUACGUUUCAAGAGCAUUUCCUUAAACUGCAGAGGAUUAGAAAGACUGUAGUUUAAAAACAAGGAAGAAGUAAAAUCAGAUUUAACAGUGGUUUAGCUCA